GCAUGAAGCCAGAUUUAAACAACGUAUGCUGGAACUAACGGACACGAACAACAUUGCCUACUUAUUUCUAUCAGCUGCCAACAGAUGGCUGGAGGUCAGGACGGAUUACCUUGGUGCUUGUAUAGUUCUGACUGCGGCUGUCACUUCCAUCACCGAAGGGCCCAACUCAGGGUUUGUGGGGCUGGGUCUCCUGUAUGCUCUGACGAUAACCAACUAUUUGAACUGGGUUGUGAGGAAUCUGGCUGAUCUGGAGGUGCAGAUGGGUGCAGUAAAAAAAGUACACAGCUUCCUGAACAUGGAGUCGGAGAACUAUGAUGGCUACUUGGAUCCCUCUCAAGUCCCCAAAGACUGGCCCCAGGAGGGGGAAAUCAAGAUUGAAAAUCUGUGUGUUCGAUAUGAAAACAACUUGAAGCCUGUUCUUAAGCACGUUAAGGCAUAUAUCAAACCAGGACAAAAGGUUGGGAUCUGUGGUCGUACCGGCAGCGGCAAGUCAUCCCUGUCUUUGGCAUUCUUCAGGAUGGUGGACAUAUUUGAUGGGAGGAUAGUGAUUGACGGAAUAGACAUCAGCAAAUUGCCUCUUCAUACUCUCCGCUCCAGACUUUCCAUUAUUCUCCAGGAUCCAAUAUUGUUCAGCGGCUCCAUCCGCUUUAAUUUGGAUCCAGAAUGCAAGUGCACCGAUGAUAGACUCUGGGAAGCUUUGGAGAUCGCUCAGUUGAAGAACAUGGUCAAGUCAUUGCCAGGAGGCCUCGAUGCAAUGGUCACAGAAGGAGGAGAGAACUUCAGUGUAGGGCAAAGGCAGCUCUUCUGUCUGGCCCGAGCUUUUGUCCGCAAGAGUAGCAUUCUCAUCAUGGAUGAAGCCACAGCAUCUAUUGACAUGGCCACAGAAAACAUUUUGCAGAAGGUUGUGAUGACUGCUUUUGCAGACCGCACCGUUGUGACAAUAGCACAUCGGGUUCACACCAUCCUGACUGCAGACCUGGUCAUCGUCAUGAAGCGAGGGAACAUUUUAGAAUACGAUACACCUGAGAACCUACUUUCUCAAGAAGAUGGGAUCUUUGCUUCAUUUGUCCGGGCUGACAUGUGAAGAAUCAUAUGAUGCAUUUUAAUAGCUUAUUCUUAAACAAAUGAAAUGCAAAUAUUUCCUAUUCAAUGUACCACCACUUUUUUCUUUUCUUUUUUUUUUUUUAAAGCUUCUUUCUUCACACUUCCAUCUUCCAAAAUAAUAAAACCUACUGCAAUACAUGCAUGCCUCA